GGUCCGCCCCGCGCUUUGCGUAGGGAGGCGGGGCCUCGGGGCGAGACGCCGGAUCCGAGCCCGGUCCCGCAGGCUACUCUCAAGUAUGGCGGACUGGGCAGGGUGGCGCUCCGCCGGCCGAAAGGCCGGGACUCGCCGCCGCUCUCGAAACGCCGCAGGUACUAAACAGACAAGUACUUUGAAACAAGAAGAUGCUUCUAAAAGGAAAGGAGAACUAGAAGCAGCUGUGAGAAAGAAGAUUGAAUUUGAGAGAAAAGCUCUACAUAUUGUUGAACAGCUUUUAGAAGAGAAUAUUACAGAAGAAUUCCUAAUGGAGUGUGGGAAGUUUAUUACACCUGCUCACUACAGGGAUGUCGUUGAUGAACGUUCUAUUGUCAAACUCUGUGGUUAUCCUUUAUGUCAGAAGAAGCUGGGAAUUGUACCAAAACAGAAAUAUAAAAUUUCUACCAAAACCAAUAAAGUCUAUGAUAUUACUGAAAGAAAGUCUUUUUGCAGCAAUUUUUGUUAUCAAGCAUCUAAGUUUUUUGAAGCACAAAUUCCCAAAACUCCAGUGUGGGUUCGAGAAGAAGAGAGGCAUCCCAAUUUUCAACUGCUAAAGGAAGGACAAAGUUGCCAUUCUGGAGUAGAAGUAGAGUUAUGCAGUAAAGCCAUUAAAACAUCAGAUAUACACUGUCCUAGCCACUUUGAAAAGCAAUAUGAAUCUAGUUCUUCCAGCACUCAUAGUGAUAGUAGCAGUGAUAAUGAGCAAGACUUUGUUUCCUCCAUUCUACCAGGAAACAGACCAAAUUCAACAAGUAUUAGACCACAGCUGCACCAGAAAAGCAUAAUGAAAAAGAAGGCUGGCCCCAAAGCUAACUCCAUACACAAAGACAAAGAACAGACAGUAGUAGAUGUCACUGAGCAGUUAGGCAAUUGCAAAUUAGAUAGUCAGGAGAAAGCUGCUACAGGUGAACUUCCUUUACAGAAGGUAAAUACUGAGAAUUCUUCAAAUAGUACUUUGCCUGAAAGAUUAAAAGCUUCAGGUAAUUCUGAAAGUAAAUACAGUAGGUCAGAAAUAACUCUAGUAGGCAUAAGUAAGAAAAGUGCGGAGCAUUUUAAGAGAAAAUUUGCCAAAUCAAACCAAGUGUCUAGGUCAGUAUCUGGUUCAGUGCAGGUGUGUCUUGAAGUUGGAAAGAGAAAUUUACUUAAAAUUUUGAGGGAGACUUUGAUUGAGUGGAAGACAGAAGAAACUUUGAGGUUUUUGUAUGGCCAGAAUUAUGCUUCUGUGUGCCUGAAACCCGAAGCCUCUCUGGUUAAAGAAGAACUUGAUGAAGAUGACAUAAUCUCAGAUCCAGAUAGUCAUUCCCUUGCUUGGAGGGAAUCUCAGAACAGCUUGGAUGAGUCUUUACCUUUUAUGGGCUCAGAUACAGCCAGUAAACCACUGCCCAGUUACGAGAACUUGAAAAAAGAAACUGAAAAGUUAAAUCUGAGGAUCAGGGAGUUUUAUAGAGGACGAUAUGUUUUGGAUGAAGAAACCACCAAAUCACAAGACUCAGAAGAGCAUGAUUCUACCUUUCCACUGAUAGACUCAAGUUCCCAGAACCAGAUUAGAAAACGCAUCGUACUUGAAAAGUUGAGUAAAGUAUUGCCUGGACUUCUGGGUCCUCUUCAGAUUACGUUGGGAGAUAUUUACACACAACUUAAAAAUCUUGUUCGAACUUUCAGGUUAACAAAUAGAAAUAUUAUACACAAACCUGCGGAAUGGACUUUAAUUGCUAUGGUGUUGCUGUCAUUACUGACCCCAAUUCUUGGCAUUCAGAAACAUUCUCAGGAAGGUAUAGUGUUUACACGGUUUCUAGACACCCUGCUUGAAGAGUUACAGCUAAAGAAUGAAGACCUUGAAAGUUUAACCAUCAUAUUUAGAACCAGCUGUUUACCAAAGUGAUACAUUUGAAGAUGAAAUAGAAGAUGAACUUCUAUUCACCAUUUCUGGAAUUCUAGCCACCAUGAUAGUCUGGUGAUGACUGAUAACUAGCUUUAUUCCAAGUCAGACCUUUACGUCUCUAAGUUUCAACCUCCCAUCUCCCAGUCCCUCAGUCUCCAACUGCAGAGGAUGACCUCCCCAGAUAGAGGAGAAUCAUUACUCCAACAGGGAUAACCAAGUCUUUGCAUCCCUAGCUGUAAGACAUAGUAUUUUUAUUUGAAAAUGAAUGUUUAAGUAUUAAAUUGAAACUUCAAUUAAUAUUCAAGGAAAUAUAAUGAUC